CGUGUUAUUCUGAAUAGGAUUAAUUGAUGUGAUGCGCAGCUGCAAUGAGGUUUUAUGACCUCAAAGGUGCAAUACCCUGGCCCCAUGUAGUUCUCGAACAGAACAUCAACCUCACCACGGCUUUGUGGCUCACUGUUAAAUUCCUCGGAUCGCUGAGCACUCACCGUAUCAUUUCCCUCGCACUGGCAGGUCUCAAGUUGGUGUGCCAGUCUUGCAGUUUCAGCUCCCUAACGAGAUGGCGAGGUCGAAGUCAUCUUUGCUCACUAACCCAGCAAACAAUGUGGAGAAGUGUCGAGCUGCGUUGCGGCAUUGUCCUCCAGGCAAUUCACGUCGAUCCUCGUCUCUGAACAAUCUCGCACUCAGUCUUCGAGACAGAUUCAAGCAGCGUGACAUCAUGUCUGACCUUGAUGAGGCCAUCGAGCUCCAUCGCGCUGCAUUACUCCUCCGUCCCCCCGGUCAUUCAGAUCGAUCCUCGUCUCUGAACAAUCUUGCUAUCAACCUUCGAAGCAGAUUCGAGCAGCGUGGCAUCAUGUCUGACCUUGAUGAGGCCAUCGAGCUCCAUCGCGCUGCAUUACUCCUCCCGUCCCCCCGCUCCAUCGCGCUGCAUUACUCCUCUGUCCCCCCGGUCAUUCACUUCGAUCCUCAUCUCUUAACGAUCUCGCCAACAGCCUUCGAAGCAGAUUCGAGCAGCGGGGGCGUCCAGUCUGACCUUGAUGAGGCAUUUAGCUUGUAUUUGCAACUCUCCUGCCUAUCAAAUGCAGCAUCCCGCACAGAUCUUAGUGUUGUCAAGUCAUGGGCAGCCUCCGCCGACACCCUCAAUCACGACUCCGCAUUGCUUGCCUAUAAGACUGCACUGAAAUUCCUAGAUCAGCACGUUGCUCUCUUGUCGUCUUCUUCGCAUCAUUUCGAUGUCAUCAGGGAGGCUGUUUCUUCCCUUGCCACAGAUGCUUUCUCAUGCAGUGUUCGUCAUUGUGCGCUGACCACUGCGGUAGAGCUUGUGGAGCACGGUCGCGCAGUAUUCUGGACCCAGUUGGCACGCUUCAACACACCACUCGAUGAACUUUCUGUUCUAAGUAGCACUGGCACAGCAUUGGCUGAAGAGUUCAAAUGGUUGAGUUUUCACCUUCAUAACGCGUUCGAUCAGUCUACUGGAGGCCAGUCUCCCCAAAUCCGGCAACUGACCAUGCAAUGGGAUGAUGUCGUCUCGCGCAUUCGCAUGCUUCAUGGCUUUUCGCGUUUUCUCCUGCCUCCCCUGUUCUCUGACCUACAGAAAGCGGCAGAAGAUGGUCCAGUCAUUAUUCUUAAUGCAAGCCAAUAUGGCUGUGAUGCCUUGAUUAUCCAUAGCACAGAAGAUCCUGUUCACGUUUCGCUUGACACUACGCAAGCCGAAGUGUCCGAGUUCUCCUCCGAGUUCCAGUCACUUGCAGAGGUGUUCGGUUCUUCUAAUCGUCGAAACACGCUUGUUCGCAUCCUUCGCAAGCUUUGGGAUCAUGUCGUUCAACCUAUAGUCCAAUCCCUCGAGAAGUCCAAAGUUCCCCCUCGCUCGCGUAUCUGGUGGUGUCCCACUGCUGAAUUCACGCUACUUCCCAUCCAUGCAGCAGGACCCUACGAGGAGAAAAAAGACAAUUUGUCUGACAUUUACAUCUCUUCUUACACCCCCACUUUGGCGACUCUCAUUCGUGCGAGAAAGCAGGUUUCUCGAGAUCCGUCCUCGCAACAUUUUGUUGCCAUUGGUGAAGCGAACCCAGACAGAGGGAAGGGACUCCGAUGUGUCGCUCCCGAGCUAGCCACCGUAGCUAAGCGUCUCGAGCCCGUCGUGUCGUCCUUCACAUUGCUUGAGGAUAGCGACGCAACAGUGCAGGGUGCACUCGAUGCACUCAAUUAUAAUCAGUGGCUUCACCUAGCCUGCCAUGGAAUGCCGAAUCGACAACAACCAUUUGAGUCUUCGUUUGCCAUGCGCGAUGGGCCUUUGAUGAUCAAGGAUAUCAUCCGAUCCAACUGGCAGAACUCGGAGUUUGCAUUCUUAUCGGCCUGCCACACUACCGUGGGCGAUGAGAAGAGUCCCGACGAGUCGAUCCAUCUUGCUGCAGCUAUGCAAUUUUGCGGAUUUCGCAGUGUGAUUGGUUCUAUGUGGUCUGUUGACGACGAGGUUGCACGCCAGGUCGCGUCUGUCUUCUACCGUAAACUCAUUCGAGUUGAUGAUUCAAGGAGAUUGGACUGCACACACGCUGCGGUGGCGCUGCACAAGGCUGUGAAGUCGUUGCGCAACAAGAUUCCACUAGAACAGCAGAUUGUAUUUGUGCAUAUGGAUGAUGCAGUAGUCCCACACACCGUUUCGUUGAAUGAAUUGAGAGGAAACGAGCAGGAGUUGUCCCACAGAAUUCCUUAUAGUCUGCGUUGA